AUGGCGCCAAAAAUCGUUCGAGUUCCGUUGUUUCUAGUGGGAGCUGUUCUUAUUUUUAUUAUUGGCGUUCGUAUUGGUUCAAAUUUCUGUGAAAUAAAACAGGAACCAUAUGCUAUAGAUUCUUCAUUAUCAACAGCUACGAAAUUAAACAAAAAUUUACAAUCAAUCGAAAAAAAAGAUUUUAAAUCAUUUUCUUUUGCAUAUAAUACAACUCAUCUUUGGUCAAUGCGCCUUGCUGAUGACAAUUAUUAUCGUAUAGCUCGUCUUUUACCAUGUCGUACUGUUAAAUAUACCAACGGUCCAAAUCAGGAAAUAAUGAAUUCUUGUGAUCAAUCAGUUAUAAAUGAAUUUUCAGUAGAAGCAACACUACAUGCACAACAAUGGCUUUAUGAACAUCAGCAUCCAAUCGAUUGUACAAAUAAAAAAUUUGCAAUACUACAUUCAUUUGCUUGGUCUGGUUUUGGUUCGACCUUACAUCAAAUUGUAUGGGCAUUUGGUAGGGCAUUAGCUGAAGAUAGAAUUGCUAUUUAUGAAACACCAGGAAAUUGGUUACAUGGUAAUUGUAAAUUGGGUACACCUGAUUGUUUUUUUCGUCCAAUUAGUAACUGUUCUAUUCCUUCCAAAGUUCAUGGUAACCAGACAAUUCGUAUGCCAGCUAAUACUCAUCAUUGGUUCGAACCUACACAUCCACCUAUUUUUCAAAAUCAAUCUUUCAAUUGGUACCGUUCACAAUUGUUAUUCUAUUUAAUACGAUAUAAUCCUGAAACAUUAGCUUAUGUACAGAGCACAGUUGCGAAAUAUUUUAAUCCACCUUCAGUCGAUUCUCAUCGUCCAUAUAUUGCUGUUUAUGUGCGUCGAUCGGAUAAAGUGAGAGGUCGAGAAAUGUCACAAUCUUAUUCUCUUCAACAAUAUUUUGAUUUAUUCGAUACUGAUGCUCGUCUAGCUAAAAUAACAAAAGUCUAUGUUAAUUCAGAAGAUCAAAAAGUAUUUAGUGAAUUUGAUCAAUUAAACAAAAAUAAACAAGGAUAUUACAAAUUAUUAAGUAUUGAUGCUACAAGAGAUGUUACUUUUCCAACAUUAAUUAGUAUGCCAGUGGAACAGCGUAGUAAAAUUAUAUUAGAAUUUCUAACUGAUCUUUAUAUUGAAGUUAAUGCUGAUUUACACGUUGGUACACUUACAUCAAAUUGGUGUCGAUUGGUUGAUGAAAUGAGAUUUGUUCUAGAAUAUGAUGAUGAUGAUGAUGGAGGUCGAAUUCUGAGAUUAAAAGAGAAUUCAGCAUCAUGCACAUCAUAA